AUGAUAUACUUUGUACAAUAUUUUUGGUUCAAAAUUCAGCUGAUAUCCAUAAAUCACCAAAGCUUUUAAUGAAGUUGGUUACAAAGAGACUUCGAUAUUUAAAUAACUACAACAUCGAAAGCCAAAUUCCACCAUGCUCUCUUGGCAGAGAUAUGCUAUUCCUUGUCAAUAAUCCUGAGUAUAAAGAUGUUACAUUCAUUGUCGAGGAUAAACCUGUAUAUGCUUGGAAAGGAAUACUUUGUGCAAGAUCAGAUUACUUUAGGGCAAUGUUUGAAGUUCCACUCAGUGAAAGUAUUAAAGGAGAGGUUCAAAUGGAAUCUAUUUCGCAUUCAACAUUUUUAUUAGUUUUACAAUAUCUUUACACCGGCGAAGUUCUUUGUAGUAAACUAACAAAUCCACCAACCAACAAUUCAAAGAAUUCAGUUCCACUAAUAGAGGCUGAUGACGGAACCUCUCGAAAACCAAACAAUCAUCAUAUUCAACCAAUCAAUUUAGGCUUUGAUGACUAUAUUCAACUAUUUAUUGCUGCCAAUAGAUUUAUGAUAAACCGUUUAAAGCUUGUAGUAGAAACAUUAAUCAUAAAGGAGUUUAGUAUCUAUAACAUCUACAAUAUAUUCAAGUUGACAGAUAUCUAUGAAUCAACAUUCCUCUUAAACGAAGCUAUCAAAUUCCUUUGCGAUAAUCAUUUACAAAUUGCCGAAACAAGUAUGAUUUUGAAAAUGCAGUCAUUUAGAAAGGCCUUAUUGGAUAUUUUAAAUACUUCAUUACUUAACAAGGCUUUUCCAUUUUUAGAAUCAAAUAACAUAAAUUUUUUAAAAGAUAUUCAAAAUACCAAUUCAAACUCAAAUAGUGACAGUGAUGAUAAUACAAACGAAGAUAAUUUUAUAGACGAGGAGUAUUUUAAUCCAAAUAAUUAUAACUACGCAAAUAAUUAUGUUUAUGCAAGCAAUAUAAAUCAUGAUGAAAUUUAGAUUUAUAGAAAAAAUAAAAAAAUAAACAAUAAAAUCAAUUAUAUGGUUUUAUCAGUAUAUUUUUAAUUU